AUGGCCACACGACACAACACGGCUGCUCCCUCGUUUCGGGGUUCCUCCUCCUCCACCUCAUCCUCCCCCUCCUCCUACAUUCUCGCCUGCUCAGCUCAGCUCCGUUCUCUCUGGCGGGUCAUCGUGCGAAGGGGGCAGACUCAAGACGAAGGAACUGAAGCUCGAAAUGAGAUUACAUUCCCUGGCGGAAGGAAGGAGAAGGAGGAGGAGAAGAUGGAAGAGGAAGAGAGGGUGGAGGAUGAGAGGACGAGAGGAGGAGGAGGAGGAGAGAAAGAUGAAGAGACGGAACAAAAGGAGAAGAAGAGGCGAAGAAGGGAGGAGGAGAAAAGGAGAAUAAAAAGAGAGGAGAAGAGGAGAACAAGGAGAAAACAAAGAUUCAGCAUCUCUCACCUCCUCCUCCUUCCCUACCCCUUCACCUCCUACUCCUCCUUCUCCCCUUCAUCCUCCAUUACCACCUUCCCCUGCCCCUCAUCCUCACCUACGCUUCCUCUCCUCUCGCUCAUCCUCCCAUCUUCCUCACCCUCCCCUCCCCAUUCUCCUCCUCACCACCCCAUCCACUCCUCCCAUCAUUAUCCCCUUCCCCUUCCCCCUCCUCUUCUUCCUAUCUUCCUACCCCUUCCCUCGCCGUCCUUCUCCUCUUCCUCCUCCCCUCCUCCCCAUUACCCCUUCCCCUCAUCCUUUCCACUCCCUCUUCCUCCUCCUCCUUCCCCUUCCCCUUACCCCUUCCCCUCAUCCUUUCCACUCCUCCCUCUUCCUCCUCCUCCUCCUCCUUCCCCUUCCUCUUCCUCCUCGUGUCAUCUUUCCCCCUCCUCCUCCUCCUCCUCCUCCUCCUCGUCGUCGUCGUCCUCCUCCUCCUCCUCCUUUCCCUCCUUUUUUAAUCCUCCUAAGCAUCAUGAGAGAAACAUCAAAUCAAUCAAAACCUUCCUCCUCUCCUCAUCGUCCUCCUCCUCCUCCCAUCCACUCAAGAGAACUCGUCCAUUGAGUAAGGCAGAAAGGGAUCUCUCACCUGGUGAUGACGCCAUGAAGGAAGGAAGGGACAACGGAACAGGUGUUCCCCUUGAGUCUCGGAACGGAGCGACCCGCGACAGAGGAGAUUCGUCUCAGACGAAUACUGGGAAGCGGGAAGGAAGGACGGUGUAA